AUGGAUGAUAUCGAAAAUGUGUAUCAAGCAGUUGCGAUAUUAAAUGGAUCAGACAGUGCUGCCUGCAGCAAGGCUAGUACAUGGCUUGGUGAAUUUCAAAAAUCUGUAUAUGCUUGGUCUAUUUGUGAUCGUAUAUUAACUGAGCGCAGAGAUUUAACAGCCAGUUACUUUGCUGCUCAGACCAUGAGACAAAAAUUGUUACAUUCUAUGAAGGAAUUGCCAGCUUCUACACACUUGUCAUUAAGGGAUUCUCUCAUUAACCAUUUACGAAACUAUGAACCGUACCCACUAGAAAGAAAUUCUGUCAUUAUAACGCAACUUUGUCUUGCUCUUUGUGAUCUCUAUUUACAAGUGCCAGAGUGGAGUAACUUUGUCGUUGAGGUGCUCGAAAGGUUUGGAACCCCAGAAAAAACACCUGUAUUGCUUACAUUUUUGAAGACCUUAUCAGAAGAAGUACAAAGCACAUAUCUUCGUAUUGGUGAUAACAGACGUCGUGUGAUCAAUACAGAGCUAGCUCAGAAAACGCAAGCAGUCGUUCAUUUUUUAAGCCAAGUUUGUGCCUUGAGUAGUGAUAACGAUGCGAUAUUGAAAAGAGUUCUAAGUUGCUUCAGCUCGUGGUUACUGAAUCCAUUGAUUCCAACGGAUGAUAUAGCAACGAGUGAUUUGCUGAAAUACGUCUUCUCGUUACUGCAGAAUUACAACUCACCCACUUCUCUCCAUGAUGCUGCUUGUGAAUGCAUUGUAGCUGCAUUAUAUCGAGCAGAAAAUACCAAAGUUAAUCGUUCUCUUGCUUUUGUGCUUCAAACUGCUUGUUAUGGGAUGGCUGACAGCUUCUCAAUGGCUGUUGCUAAUGAUGAUUUUGACAGGUUACAAGGGUAUGCACGAGUUUUUUGCGAAUUAAGUGAAUCACUUCUAGAGCGUAUGAUUGAAGAGCCGGGAAAAAAUCUUGGGGACUUACGAAGCAUUGAAAUGCUCCUUUUGUUGGCUGGUUACCAUGACUAUAGUUUAGUAGAGAUGACUUUCAAUAUUUGGUACCGUCUUUCUGAAUAUCUGUAUGAGAAAAAUGAUGAUGAUUUGAAUGCUCACUUCAAACCAUACAUUGAAAGGUACAUUAUGGCACUCUAUAAGCAUUGUCGCUUUGAUACUGAUCAAGAAGAUAUUCCGGACGACAGCGAUGAUUUUGCUGAAUUUCGAAGUCACGUUUCUGACACGCUUAAAGAUGUCGUUUUUGUUGUUGGAACUGAUCGCUGCAUCCAAAGUAUGCUAUCCAUACUGCAGUCUGUCUCGGCUGGCUCGUGGGAUGAAUCAGAAGCUGCUCUUUACAUUAUUUCAGUCAUUGUACAUAACGUUCUUCCAACAGAAGAAACAGUGGUUCCCCUAUUGGUUCAUGCUGUUUUGGUUAUGCCUGUUGCGUCUCAUCCUAUAUUUAUUAAUACUUCUAUAAAAUUGAUCGGAAAUUUGACCGAUUGGUUGUACGAAAAUAAACAGUAUCGAGAGCCGUGCAUCGACUGGUUGCUGGAUAAAGUUCAGAAGCCACUAUUCGUUCGGACUGCAUCUGAAGCUCUGUAUGGUAUUUGUGAAAAAUGUGAAAGUGGUUGUGUAAACCAUUUCUAUUCUAUGUUUCUCGUUGUUCCAAUUUUGGAAAGUGGAGGAAGCAAAGGACAGCUACUAGAACAAUCAAUUCUUCUCCUUUUACAAGGUCUAGAAACCUGCUCAUCAUUGCUUAAUGGUUUACCUGGAAACGAAUCUAUAAGUCGCCUGAGGUAUUUAAUUGAGCCUCAAAUCACUCGUCUGAAUGCAUUACUGGAUUCUACUUCGAGUCUGACACUAAAUGAAAUGCAAAACACCAACGAAAAUGCUGAUUCUUGGUCUUCAUUAAGUCGUGAUCCUGUCUUGUGGGUGGAUAGGAUAGCUGCUAUCUUUCGACAUGUUCAGCCAUUGACGCAUCAGCCAUGCAGUCAAAAAAGCACUAUUCUAAAUGGUAGUUUUGGAAUUGCAAACAGUUCGGUUCCUACAUUGUUGAUUGAUACAGUUAAAGAAGUUUGGCCAGUUGUACUGAAAACCUGUAAAAGAUAUGAAAGCAAUACUCGUGCUGUUGAGCACUGUUGUCGUGCAAUACGAUUCAUGAUACGCUUUCUUGAAGUUCAUUCAAUUACUUUUAUUGAAUCCCUUGUUGAACAGAUGGUUGAUAUGUACAGUCGUUAUCCGCACUCAUGCUUUUUGUAUCUGGCUAGUAUUUUGGUAGAUGAAUAUGGUCAUAUAGAAGAUUGUCGUUCAGGAUUAGUUCACAUGCUUAACAUUUUGUGUAGUGCAUCUUUCAAACUUCUGCAAGAACAGAACGGUUUUCGUAACCAUCCAGACACAAUCGAUGAUAUGUUCAGGCUAGCGAUCAGAUUUGUGCAACGUUCUCCUUCAGUAUUUUUCCAAGAACCAAUUAGUGUCCAGUUGUUUGAAUGCGGACUUAUAGCUUUGGAUGUUGAUCAUGUGGAUGCAAAUAGAUCAGUUACCAAAUUUUUUUCCGAAUUCAUCACUUCUUUACUUACUGCAAGGAAGUCCAAUUAUCGAGAUGCUGGUGUUUUGGAAGCCGAACAGUUGUUUUUCAAAUUUGGAGAAAAACUAAUUAGUGGAUCUCUCCAAGCGGCUGUAUUCACUGUCUCAGGUUCUCUGAAACGUGAUAUGGCAGAAAUUAUCCAUCUGGUUGGAAAAUUAUCAAAAGAACAAUUAUCAGUAUGGCUCAAAGAAACCUUGGAGAAAUUCCCUCACAGUGGUGGUCUCUGUGCUACAGCUGAACAGCUAGAAUGGUUUCAUAAAAGUGUGGUGGAAGCUACCGAAUUACGACAAGUGUACACGGAGAUUCGUAAUUUAAUUCGACUCUAUAUGUAA